AUGGCAGCUGAGGUGAAAUCUGAUGAUUUUAGAUUAAAGUUCUUGAUGACCAUGAAAUCAUUGCUUGACUGGAGUGCCUUACAGAAAGCUCUAGAGAAGAAAAGCAAAGCAGAAAGACAUAAGAUCUUGACUGAGUCUUUCCACCAGAAGGAAAUAGAAAUGGCUUUAGAGAUAGCAUGCAAACAAGGAAUGAUAGGAGCUGUGCAGUUUCUUAUAGAUAAAUGUGGCAUUGAUGUUGAAAAAGUUAAGAAUGUUUGUGUGUGGUCUGCAGCAAGUGGAAGGCAUUCUAAUAUUGUGAAAUAUCUCAUUGAAAACCAUUCUGUUGAUGUUAAUCUACAAAAUGACCAAGGAAUGGCAGCCAUACAUUUUGCUUGUGUUUCUGGAAAUGAACAUUUAGUGGAGUAUCUAGUCAACAAAGGAGCCAGUUUGACAGACACUGAUAACAAAAAUGUGAAUUGUCUUAUAAAAGCAGGAGUGGAUGUCAAUGCCAAAAACAGCAAUGAUGAACACAUUCUUCAUGGGACUAUCCGACAGGGCUUCAAUUUGAACGAGAGUCGCCUACAUGUCAUAGACUAUUUGGUUAAGGCAGGAGCAAAUGUGAAUAGUGUAAAUGCUGCAAACAUACCAGUGGUCAUAUAUGCUGCUCUUACCUUUAAAUCAUGCACUAAAACUCUAGGGUAUUUCCUGAAGCAUCCUCAAGUGAACAUGCAUGAUAAAAUUGAUGCAAUGAAAUAUGGAGGAGCAUUCUUGAUUAGCACAGGGAAUUCAAAAAGAGGAUUCAAGUUUUGGACAAGAGCUGUUGAACUCCAGGAGAAGAUGAAAUUUGUAGAAGAUGAGAAUAACAAUUCUGCACCUUUUCAUGGUGAUUUUUCUUCCUAUGAGCCAACUUGCAUUGAAGAUAUCCAUAGAAUGAAGGAAAAUCCAGUUCUACCAAUUUAUUUCAUGUUUGCACUUUUAUCUAAGCUUCACGUCAAGUAUGGUUAUAAUUGCAUACCUUGCCUAGAAGGAUUGAAUGAUGUGAUUAUUUCACUGGGAUGCUAUGGUUUCUUUCUAGAAGUUUUUGCAUUCACCUUCCUUCACACCUUUUCAAACAAUGAAAAUUUACUGACACGGCCUCUUAAGCUUCUGAAAACAAAGUUCAGGGAUGAAAAACAAGUAACUUUUCUCCACAUUGCCAUAGAAUGCAUGGACACCACUCAAGAUUAUCAUGGGGAUGAAGAUAACCAGGCAGAACUAGUGAAGAUACUGAUAGAAAACGGAGAAGAUGUAAAUGCCACAGAUAAUUACCUCUGCUCGCCUGUACAUGAACUGGCUACAAUUGUACAUUGUGAUAACCUACAUCUCGUUCAGGAAAUAGUGGACUUGAUGGUAAAGCAUGGUGCUCACUUGGACAUCAGAAAUAAGCUUGGUUGGUCAGGGCUUAAUGAUAUGAUUGAUUGUGGAGUUAAAGUUAAUACUGCAGCAAAUCAAACGCUCCAAUGUCUGGCAGCUGAAGUUAUCAUUGAGAAGAAUCUGGAUUACCGAAGUUCCACUCCAAAAGCCUUGUGGGAUUUCAUUCAGCUGCAUGAUCCAGAAGAACGAUUGGAUGAGUGUAAAAUUCCGUAUGCUUGCACAUUCUACAGUCAAGAACGAUUUUGGUUUAAUGUAGAAGAGCAUGUGUGUGAUAUAUAAUGAAGCUGGUCCAUUAGAAAUGAUGGUUCCAAAAUGAAGGAAUUGACACAGAGACUGUAUACAUUCAUUUUUGUA